GGGGCUCGCGGGUGGAUUUCAGCCUGACAGAUAUCAUUUUUUUGGUAAAAUAUCGAAAUCGAGGUUUUACCAUUUUUUGAAAGUCGAAUCAUUCUUCUUCACAAUGGUAUCGGUCAUAAUGUUGAAAAACGGUCACAAAAGUGUUUUCAACAGGCAUUUUAGAGACACCCCCUCUGCCAAAAUGUCAGCCGGGAAGCGAAAUGUUGAAGCAAAUUCACAAAAGAGCAAUGUUUGGACCAUAGCAACGGCCUUACAAUUGUAUACAAACAUAGCCGUGUUAUAUACCGUUUGAAAGAGCAGGAUUUCAACCGACGAAUAGUAAUCGAGUCAACCACAUGAAUCGAUUACAGAAUGAACCAAUUGCAUUCAAAUGAGACAUGCGCUCCAAAAAAUGCUUCACUCUGGUUGGUCUUCAGCUUCGGAUGUCUGAGUUGCCACCGUGUAGCGCUUUUCGGAAAACCCGAUCCACAUUUCGAAACCUCUAAUCACCAUGCUUUGGGAUUUUUUUAUAUGAUAUUUUAUUCAAAUAAAAAAUUCAUUUAUGAAUAUUGAUAAAUAAAACAUUUUGAUAAAAUUACAUUCGUUUUACUUGAGACUGUUAAAUGUUCCGAUGUUGACAGUACUACGAUACACCUCGCGCGUACUCAUACCUGGCAUAUUAUGGUCAACGCCAUAAGCCAUUGAUAAAGACAGUCGAAGUGAAACAAAGCGAGUUACUGCAUUGUUUACAAUCUGUUCACAUUCUACAAGAUGCCGAGAGUCGCUAAAACUUUCGCUUUUGGUCGAAAGAAGAGACGUGGUCCUAAUACUAAGCCAAGAGGGAGGCAUGCCACCACGCAGGUGUGUGAAAAUGGAGUGGAAACAACCGAAGAUGUCGACAUGGAUGAACCUACUUCGCCAGUUCAGCCUCUUGCUGUGAAUGAAUUCGGUCCAUCAUCUUCAGGCCCUCAAAUUGACAGUGAGCCAGCUCCCGUUGAAGACGACGAGGAAACAGAAACCCAAACAAAUUCAUCGCCGUGUGAGCAGAAGAUGUCAGCCUUCAGCGAUACUACCUUGUACAAUCGUCGUUUUUUCUCGCUAUGCUAG